GAUAGAGACAUAGAAAGAGAGAAAGAGAGAGAAAGAGAGAGAAAGAGAGAGAAAGAGUGAGAGAGAAAAAGAGACUCACCUCUUCUUGGCGAACGACAUAUCGUUCAGUGCUGCAUCGUUCGCUGGAGACCACCCGAGUCAAGAUACACGGACGUCGCGGAUGCGAAUUACCGAUUAUAUAUCGUCCCCGGUCGCCGAACUCGACAACAUGGCCGAACUCACCCUCGAAUAACAAGGAUUCGCAACCUCUAAGGGGAAGGACACACGAGCGACUGUGCGUCAGAUCGCGGACGUCUCUACGGCAAAGUGUGUACGGGGAACGAAGGUCGUGACCUUGUACGUGUACGCGUUUGAUACGCUGGUUUUUGUUUAUACGCGAUACUUGACAGCGGUGGCUUAGAUCUCUCGCAUCAGCGGAUUAUGGGUCAUGCGGAAUUUACACGGCGGGGUACUUUUUCGCUCGGGCGUCAUCGGAAAUGUUCAUCAUCUUGCCAUCUGACGGUGACACCGUCAACCGUGACGUUCGCUGUUUUAUCCGUGGGAAUUAAUGUUGAAUGCUCUUUUGAAUUGUUGUGUGUUAACAGUAGAACUAUUGAGCAUUUAAUACGAUUGAUAUGUAAAUGAUUAUUUUCAGUUUCUUUGGAUGUUCAUCGUAGUACUCGAGUGAAACUAUUUAUUUCCAAAAUCAUUUCGAAGAUUCAAUGCUUUUUAGGUAUAACCCUUCAAAGUUUUUCACUGGAAAUAUUUAACAUUUUACCCUUAGAGGGUUAACAUUUGUGGAACUAGGAGGAAAUUAUAAUUUUGAGUUGAAAUUUCGAAAGUGGUCUUUUGAUAUAGGUAGAAAUAGUGUUAAUUUGAUAAUUAUUGAAAGUUGAGUACAAUGGAAAACAUGUAAAUUGAGGGGAAGAUGGAGUUAGUUUUCAUGGGAGAACGUCGGGAAGGUUAAUUAAAACGAGGUUAGCUAAAACCAACGAAAAGGCCAGAACACGACUUACCAUUAUAAAUUUUACGAUAUACGGAACUAAUUGUAUUUAUUAUUUAUAUAAUAAAUAUGCCGUAACGUAAAAACGAAGCACUUGUAGAAAGUGUGUCAUAGCGUGUAACUGUAUUUUGCCAGAAUGACAGUGUCAUCUGUCAAAUACCGGUAAGAACUGUGUUACGAGUUCCCGCGCAAAAUUUGUUUUUAUUGCGAACACUUCUAACUUAUUGUCAAUCUAGAAACAGUUUAUUAUAUAAUUCAAUAUGAAAUUUCGAUGUAGAAUGGUAGAUGUGAUCUCUAUGAGAGAUUUUACGAACAUCGUUAACGUUCUUUCCCGAUUAACAAAACAGUGUACUUUGAGAAUAACGCCGAGCGAGUUGUGCCUCAGCGUUGGGGAUGAUCGAGUGUCGAUGGUUUGGGCAGAAUUAAGACAAGAUCAUUUUUUCACCGAAUACGUUAUGAGCGGUGUUACCGAUGAACAAAACGAAAUUUAUUUAGAAUUGGAUGCGACUAUGCUGGCUAGGUCACUGGGUUCUUUGCGAAUGACCGCGAAAAGUGUUAAAAUGAAAUUGACGAAUAAACGUCAGCCAUGUCUGACACUCGAGAUCGAAUUGCCUUCGUUGAACGUCGAGUCGAGGCAAUGUUUACAUGAUGUUCCAGUAAGAGUUAUACCACGGCGAGAAUGGCCGGAACAUCAAGCACCACUCAUACCAGAAUUCGAUAUAUCGCUAGACAUGCCGCAACUUAAGUACGUUAGGAAAAUUGUAGAAAGAAUGAAAAACAUGAGUCCUCGAUUAACGAUGAGCGCGGACAAGUCAGGUGUAUUUAUGCUCAAAGUUGAUACAGAUAGCGCGACGGUUUCCACUUAUUUUCAAGGUCUGCAGGUGUGGAGUUGCAGUCAACAGGAUGAGCAGGAUAAAAUAUCGGCUACCAUAGACGUUAAGAAGUUUUUUAUGUUUUUGGCGUGGGAUGUUGUACAUCCUGACGGCGUGAAAUGUAACAUACUUCAAGACAAGAUCGUUAACUUAUAUCUACACUUGUCAGAUUAUUUGAAAAUACAUUAUUUCAUUCCUUCGAUGACUACUUGAGUCAUUCUUUACAUUGUAAAUACCGUUUGUAAUGAUGCUGCCCGAAUACAAUAUAGAUAU